AAAGGAAAGGGGGAGAAGCAAAGAAGGAAAAAACAGUCAAGAGUGUUUGGUGGUGUGAGAUACGCUGGAACGGAAAGGUGCCGUUUAGAAGCAAAUUGGCGGUGAAUGGUGAUGGGAGAUGACAAAUCGUCGACUGUAAUGGCGAGCAGAGAUCGAGAGCUUCUCAUACCUGUAGCUGACUCUGCCGACGAAGAUGCUUCUUCUAAACCCUCUUCUUCAUCUGCUGCUUCGUCUCAUCACUCCGGUAGAGAGGCUUUCUGCAAAGUGGUUCGAAGCUGGGCUUCAAAAAAGUUUAUGUCUGGGUGUGUCAUCAUAUUCCCAAUAGCGAUCACAUUCUACAUUACAUGGUGGUUUGUUCAUUUUGUGGAUGGGUUUUUCUCUCCAAUCUAUGCUCAACUUGGAAUCAACAUCUUUGGUCUUGGGUUUGUAACUUCAAUCACUUUCAUCUUCUUGGUUGGGGUGUUCAUGUCCUCUUGGCUGGGGGCAUCUGUACUAAGCCUCGGGGAGUGGUUUAUCAAACGGAUGCCAUUUGUCCGUCACAUCUACAAUGCAUCUAAGCAAAUUAGUGCUGCUAUAUCACCUGAUCAGAACACCCAAGCUUUUAAGGAAGUUGCCAUCAUAAGACAUCCACGCAUCGGAGAAUAUGCAUUUGGGUUCAUCACUUCAACUCUCGUCCUUCAGAAUUAUUCAGGAGAAGAGGAACUGUGCUGUGUGUACGUACCUACUAAUCAUCUUUACCUUGGUGAUAUAUUCCUCGUCAACUCCAACGAUGUCAUCAGACCAAAUCUGUCAGUUCGUGAAGGAAUUGAGAUUGUUAUUUCUGGGGGCAUGUCGAUGCCCCAGAUCCUGUCAACUGUGGAUCCUCAUAUAAUCCAGGUAGACAGAAGUACAUCCAGUAGAAAAUGAAGAUGGAGUUGAGCACGGCCGGCUUGUGGUUUUUAACUGACCCAGUUUGCUGUUUGAGAUUGGAAAAGGCCACAUUUAUUUGUCACAUUAUGCCUGCAGAAUUGGAAUGUUGUGUUUUUUGCUAGUUAAAAUGGGAUUCUGAUAGCAUCUGUAGCAUUCCUUUUAAGGAUACACAAUAAUCCCAUGUACAAUAUUGUUGUGGUUCAAUUAAUGUAGAUUAAGUGACUUUCAAU